GCGAGGCGCGGGUAGUAGUCCAAGGGACCUCGACUCCGGCGGGUUGGACCUGGAUUCUAGGGCGGCGCGGGCAGCCGUCGAGACUUCGCCGUCCGGACUCGGCCAGGUUCCGACUUCACAUCCUGCCACUUUUGAGCCGGCGACCUGCCGCCGUCGGCGCAUGGUCGGGCCCUGGGGGCGGAGCGCACCAUCCUCCGGACCGCCGAUUGGCUGCUGCCGUUUCCUUUUCACCUUCCUGGCCGCGGAGUUGAGGUGUGAAGUGACCGCCAUCUACGAGCCGGCCCUCCGAGUGGAUGCGCUUUGCUUUUCCAGUGAAGCAUUAACCUCGCCCAGACGAGUUUGAGCUCUCCACCAGCAAUAGUUUCCAGAAAUAAUUUGGGUUUAUAUUAUUUUUUCGAUCGGUGGAAGAUGUUGGCGUUUAUGUUUGCCUCCACACAAAUGUUUUGCUAGCAACUUAAAUGACUAUUUUUCUCAAAAAUGCUAUAUAUUUUCUCCCCCAGCUGCUCAUAGCCUUAUUUUCCAUGACAGAUCUUGACGACAGUAUAUGCAAAAGAUAUAUAAAGAUGAUAACUAAUAUAGUUAUAUUGAGCAUGAUUAUUUGCAUUUCUUUAGCUUUCUGGAUUAUGUCAAUGACUGCAAGCACCUAUUAUGGUAACUUACAGCCGAUUUCUCCUUGGCGUUGGCUGUUUUCUGUUGUUGUUCCCGUUUUGAUUGUCUCUAAUGGCUUUAAAAAGAAAAGUCUAGAUCACAGUGGUGCUUUAGGAGGGCUAGUGGUUGGAUUUAUCCUAACCAUUGCAAAUUUCAGCUUUUUUACCUCUCUGCUCAUGUUUUUCCUUUCUUCUUCAAAACUCACUAAAUGGAAGGGAGAAACAAAGAAGCGUCUAGAUUCAGAAUACAAAGAAGGCGGGCAGAGGAAUUGGGUUCAGGUGUUCUGUAAUGGAGCGGUACCCACAGAGCUGGCCCUACUGUACAUGAUAGAAAAUGGCCCCGGGGAAAUUCCAAUCGAUUUUUCCAAGCAGUACACUGCUUCCUGGAUGUGUUUGUCUCUCUUGGCUGCACUGGCCUGCUCUGCUGGAGACACAUGGGCUUCAGAAAUUGGCACCGUUCUAAGUAAAAGCCCGCCAAGACUAAUAACAACUUGGGAGAAAGUUCCAGUUGGGACCAAUGGAGGGGUUACGAUGGUGGGCCUUGCUUCCAGUCUCCUUGGUGGUACCUUUGUGGGUAUUGCCUACUUCCUCACACAGUUGGUUUUUGUUAAUGAUUUGGACAAUUCCGCUCCCCAGUGGCCAAUUAUUGCAUUUGGGGGUCUGGCUGGAUUGCUAGGAUCACUUGUGGACUCAUAUUUAGGAGCUACAAUGCAAUUUACUGGUUUGGAUGAAAGCACUGGCAUGGUGGUCAACAGCCCAGCGAAUGAGGUGAAGUACAUAGCAGGGAAACCCAUUCUUGAUAACAAUGCGGUGAAUCUGUUUUCUUCUGUCCUCAUUGCUCUCUUGCUCCCAACAGCUGCUUGGGGUUUUUGGCCCAGGGAGUGAACUUUAUUUCAUUACAAAGGUUGAAACUGUGGUAAAUUCAGCUAAAUUUGCAAUCCCAAGUUUCAUUCUAAGAAGAAUAAUUAUGAUGGCAAAGGAAAUGCCAGCUCCUCGCAUAUUCCGCUAUGAUGGAGUUCCACCUCUCUCUCCUCCCUUGUAACAGCUAGCAUGUUCUAGUGAAAGACAAGAAUACAUAGAACUUACCCAUUUUUUUUCCCUGCUGAGUGGAUCAUCCUGAGAAGUGAAGCUAUAAUGUCCCUCUAUAUUGCUAUAUACUGACAUAAAAGCUGUGUAUUGAACUGAAAGUUCCUACAUGGUAAAUAUAAAUUUUGUUUUGUUCAUUUAAACCAGCGUGGAGACUAAGAGUGAUAAAAUUUUAAAAUGGUUCUCACUUGUGCCGGAAAAAUGCCACUGUGCUAGUUACCCAAAUGUUAUAUCUGUUGUAAAUGGUUUAAAUAGAUGUGUGUAGAAACCUGAAGAAGUGUAGUAUCCUGGACUUCUUCCAGUACUUUCCAAUUACAAUUGUGGCAAGUGUGGAGUUUGGUUCCCAGUGAGCUGUGAGGCCCAUUCCACAUUUGUUCUUCCUUUCUCAGGGUUAGUAAUGAAAAAAAAAGUAAAUAUCCUUUUCAUAUGACCUUUAGAAUGCAUGAAAAUAUUUAAGUAAAAGCAACAGAGAUCUAUCUUGUAUCUAAAAAAUGUGCACCUUACUAUAUAUUUCAGUUGAUCUCUGAACAUAAAUUACCUCGAAUUUUUUAAUGUCUUUUCUAACUUUCUUUAAAAUCUGUAUAGGAAUCUGCUUUACAUUGGCAUCCUGAACAGUUAGAGUCACUGGAAAUUUAUAAUAAUUUUUUAUUUGCUAUCCUAGAAUUCACUGGAAAAUGCUAUGACUUCCUGUGAUGUACUUUUUAAGUUGGGCUCUCCAUUGCAUUAUAGCCUCAACUAAAGUGAAUUCUACUUUUCAUUCUUUUUUUUUCAUUAUAAUUAACUGUGUGCAAAGGAAUUUGAUAUGGUGUGGAUUAUUUUGCUAAAUGUAUUUUAAAAUAUUUCUCAUGUGAUUUUCAUGCCAUUCUGUCCCUGCCCCUUUUGCAUUCUUAGAGCAAAUGGGGAGAGAUUGCAUGAGUAAGCCGCCAUCAGAGUGGAUAAAGCUUAGAAUUUUUUAUUGGUGACUCUAUUACAGUGAUCUAAAACUGACUUAGUUCAGGAAGGAAGAAAAGGAAAAAAAACAAUUGACACCCAUACUCCUUAAGCCAAACAACUCAGUGGGGCUUAACUAUUGCUUUGUGACAUUGGGUAUACAUUGGAAUCACUUGAGCAUCUUUUAAAAAAAUACUUGUGUCUGGGUUUCACCCCCAAAGAUUCUCAUUUACCUGAUCUGGGGUACAACCUGAAUAUUGGGACAUUUUAAACCUCUGGUUGCCCCUUAGAAUCGUGUAGGAAGUUUUUUAAAACAUUGUUGUCAAGGCCCCUUUAGACCAAGUAAAUCAGAAUGUUUGAAGGGGAAGCUCUCUGGGAGAAUCUAAUGUUUAAACAGGUUGAUAACUACUAAAUAAGAAUAUCGGAAAGCACUAUAUCUAAAAGAAGCUUCAAAAGAGUGGGGCUUCAUUUUUAUGCUGAUAACUACUCGCAGUAUUGCUGUAUACUGUCUUUAUGGGUGAAUAGCCUCUGGUAAUUACACAGUGUCUCAUAGCUACAUGACUUACCAAAUCAAUCCUGCAUCAGUUUAUUCCGUAGCUGUUCUAACAUGCCUUUGCUCUCUUCCUGAAGAUUCAUGCUCGUGACAUAAAUACUGUGGGACAAAAAAAUGUAUUGGAACUAUCUUUGGGUUUGGUAGAAUCAUCCUGUCAUGAACAGUUUGGGGAAAUACUGCUUCACAAUCCUUUAUUUGAAAACCUAGGGCUAGUUGUGGUUUGGAAUAAAAAGUUUUCAGAUUUUAGGAAAGUAAUAGGGUACAUAUAAAACAUUUUACUUAAAACUCCCAAAAGAGUCUAGGUUGGCACCCAUUAUCAAAUACACUAAUAUACGUGUGGAGAGUAUAUGAAUGACACCCAUAAGUCUGAUAACUACAGACUAUAAAGAGCCUGCGCUCAGGUCAGGUCAGGUUUUGUCACCAACCUUAAGAAGAAACUUUUCAGAGCUUUUUUUGGAUAUUAGAAUUUUCGAUAAAGAAUUGUUCUUUUUGGUUUUGUUUUUUUUAAUUUUAGAUGUAUUUUACUGUAACAUCCUUUUGAAUUGGAUAUUAAACUGGUUCAGUGUAUUCUUUCUCUACUGAGUGAGCAGUUUAUAUUAAAAAACACUUUUCAUGGAAAGAGCUGCAUGUAACAAUAUAAUAAAACAGUCUGUACUGCCUACCUAGGCAUCCUAAAGGUGGACAUACUAUUUCUUAUCCUAUCAUGCUCAGUAGAGAAGAGCAAGGUAUAUGUGGCUCAGGGCAGCUCCUGGAGGAGACUUGAGGACUUCAGGAGGGGCCCUGGAAGACUCAUCAGAUGGAGACACCAGGAGAACAAUGACUACAACAGCUCAUUUCAUUCUUAGCUUUUCUCAUUACUCGAGUUAUCUAUGCCUCAACCAAGGUGCAUAUAUCUCUUUCCUGUUUCUGAUUGCUGUAUAUGUAGGAUGCUGGCUUCAGAAAUGCCAAUUGCAUCCCAAUUAGGGUUAGGCCUCGUAUAGAGAAAAAUUAUGUGAGGUGAGAUAUUGUAAACUUUGCCUCAUGCCUGCAAUCUGAAUGUUAAUGCCCAGUGGGUUUACUAGAGCCCAGUCAUCUGACGUUCCUGAUGCCCUCACUCUGAGAAAAAACUGCUUAGCCAUCAAACUCCAAGUGAAUUGUACCAAUUUUAAAGGUAUAAACACAGUUAUGCAGCUUACUUAGUUUAAUCUCCUAAAGGAGUAUCUGUUGCUAGCUAUAACUCUAAAAAUGAACAUUUUUAAAAUAUAUAGGUGUUCAAUAUAUGUUUGUUAAAUCAAGUUGUUUGACUUUAAGUAGUGUUUUAUUUUAAGAGUCACUGGGAGUUGGUAAUCAAGAACAUAUUUCUGGAGCGAAAUAAAAAAAUAAAAUUAAAAGUGUAGCUACCUAAAUUUCUGAAGACUGAUGAUUUCAACAUUUCUUGAUCAUGUGUUGCAAUAUUAAUGGUUUUGGAACUCAUGAGUCAGGAAAUGAUGGUAGAAGGAAAGGGUGAGGCCAUGUUGGCAGAGCAAGGCUCCUGAAAUUACCCUCCCUGCCAAGACUAGACAUGUUAAUUCUCUUUCAUUUAUCAUAACCAUCCCUAUUCCAAAUUUAUUUUAUACAUGUGUCAACUCUUUUUCUAUGUUUGGAUUUUUUUCUUUUUUAUUAAUGUUUACUUAAGUAAUACACUGAAUCUAUUCUUUUUUUAAAAAAAUAGAGUUAUUACAGAUAAAGUGAAAAUAUCCUUUUGCCUUCACUACCCCUUCAAUAAACCUCGCCCUCUCACCUUCCCCAAGAUAACUACUGCUAGAAAUAUGAGUGUUUUCUACGUAAUAAUUGUUUUGGGUGUAUUUUGAUCCACAUUCUUUUUUAUCAAUGAAAUUUUGUUAUAAUCCAAGAAAAAUCUAUUAAGGAAAAAAGGUUCCAAGGAUGUAUAGGUUCCAAAAUAUUUAAUGUGUAACCUUGUAAGAGUACAUGAUUUGGGGGGGUGGGGGAAGCAGAGGAAGGGGGAAUAAAAAGGUACAUGAUUUUAAUUUUUGUUGAAAUAGUUUUGUUACAGUAUAAGAAUUAUAUCUCAAUAAAGCCAUUAUAAAAAUACAUAUGCAGAAAUAACUAAGCACUUUUCUAUAAAGUCUGCAAUGACAUGCGUUUCUUCUACGGAUCAAAAAAUGCUCAAAGUAAACAAAAUAAUCUCUGGAAAUUACCCUCUUCCCCAUCUACUCUUCCCCAUCAUUACUUUAAAUGAUAUUUCUUCUCUUCAUAAAUGACCUUAUUAGCAAUGAAGUAAAAGAGUAAAAUGGGAUUUUAGUAUAACGUAAUGAAAAGUAACAGUUGAUACUCACAGGAAUCUUUUGAUACCCUCACUUUUGGAUUGUUGCAAAAAUUCAUAUAAGUAUCACAUAUUUUCAUCCCUGUGUGGUAUAUUUUUGUCUGAGAUUGUAUUUUUUGCAAAUUUUCCAAUUCUUCUGAUCUUGCUUAGCUAUACAUACUUGGAAUUAUACAUGACAAGCACCUUAUUGCAUGACAGAAUUCUCAACACAUCAGCAUAGAAUUCUAGAACAAAGAACCUUAAGAAAUCUUCUCAUCCGUUGCCCAGACUUGAAGCUAAAAAAUACAUACAUCAUCUCAUAUGAGUGAGUAUAAUCUUUUCUAACACUUUAAUAUCUUCUUACCUUUGCAUACACUAUCCUUUCUGCCUGGAAUUCCUUCCCUGAGUGUGGGAAGAAGACUAAGUCAAAUUUAAAUUUUUUUGCUUUUGCCUUUUAACUGUUUGGCCAUUGCAAAUGCUGAAUUGAGAUUCUGUUGAUAAACUAAAGAUUUUGCUGAUGCGAAUUGUUAAUGCACUGAAUGUGUCCCUUCAAAAUUCGUAUGUUGAAAUCCUAACCCCCAAUGUAAUGGUGUUAAGAAAUGGGGCCUUUGGGAGGUAAUUAGGUCAUGGGAGUGGAGCCCUCAUGAAUAGGAUUAGUGCCCUUAUAAGAGAGACCCCAGAGAGCUCUUGUCAUCUCCACCAUAUAAAGAAAUGACAGACUGGCCAUCCACAACCCAGAAGAAGACCCUCGCCGAACCCAACUUUGUUGGCACUCUGAUCUUGGACUUCCAGCCUUCACAACUGUAAGAAAUAAACUUCUGUUCUUUAUAAGUCA